CACUGCUCUUGCUCCGUCACUCGAGUCUCAAACCACCGGCCUUGAACAAUUACUCUCCUUCAGCCAGUCACGCCCAGCAUGGCCGAACCGCAACCCUCCAACAUUCAGGAAGGCGCCUCGGAAGCGCCUCCUCCCACGACUGGCAGCGCCGAAGAUCGCAAAGCUGCCGCUGCGCUUUCCGCUUUGGAUGAACAGGGCGAUGAUGAGGCGGGAAAGAAAGAGGUGGAUUCCAAGGCUGUGGAGAAAGCUAUGAAGAACCUGAGUGUGAAGGACGGCAAGGGCGAUGCGCAGAAAAAGGCAGUCAAGAUUGAGGCAAGCGAUGUGAAUUUGCUGGUUACGGAGCUUGAGCUACCGAAACCCAAAGCAACCGAGCUUCUACGCGCCAACGAUGGAAACGUCCUGAAGGCUAUCUCGAGCUUUGUCACACCCGCUUUUGCAUGAAAAUUGUAGGCCAUAGGACACUCAAGGACGGCUGAAAAGGCGAAAUAGAGAUCUUAGAGGCGAUAUCACUCGGCAGUGAAGCUCUGAUGCUUUGUACCUUCGCGAAAGCCUUCCAAGCCCUAUUCAUGGACUAUCGCCAUUGAACUUCUCGCGGAUAGCGAAAGCACAAGAUGCUUCGAACCCUGUGCAUAAUGACGGGCGACCAGGAGAUAGUGGAACCGGCUUAGGCCAGCUUUGCAUGUUAGGUGCGUGGGAAGGCAGGGGGUCAAAGAGUGCUGUAAAUGUGCAUAGCCACUGCCGGCUACGAACAAGUUCAUAAAUGCGAACACGUUUCACGGCAGUCAUUUUCUGCGAUAUUCAACAUGCCAGUGUCCAAUGCGGAGCGCCUAUGUGAAUAUCCUUGCAUC